CAGCUUAGUUCAUUCCAGCGAGCAGGAACUUUCCAGUCUGUAUUGUGCUGAACGUGAUUCCUCCUCCUUUCUAAUCGGAUCUGGGCAGUACUAGGCAGCGGCACCUACUAUCCAAGACGUGGGAAGAGAUACCCCACCGACUGGCAGGGAUCAGCUCCACUGAGAACAUACAGAACUCCAGCUAAACCAUGGCCAACCCCCCGACAGACAGGUACAAUGCUGUCUGGUUCAUAUUCUUCAUCCUGGGCCUGGGCACUCUGUUGCCAUGGAAUUUUUUCAUGACCGCCACCAUGUAUUUCACAAACCGCCUGGCAGAGCCGGGAGAUUUCAGGGAGAGCAGCACGGAAUUUGUGACGCCCCCCUCUGUGACAAUGUUCCCUAUCAGCCCCAAUGACACCAGUACAAGUGAUGGAGCCAUGCCUCGGACUUACCUACAAAGCAAGUUCAACAAUGUGAUGACUCUGUGUGCGAUGUUGCCCCUCCUGAUAUUCACCUGCCUCAACUCAUUCCUACACCAGAGGAUUUCCCAGAAUAUUCGGAUUGGUGGAACCUUAUUGGCCAUUUUCCUCAUCUUCCUCCUCACGGCCAUCUUUGUUAAGGUUCCCUUCUCCCCGGUCUCUUUCUUCACUGUCACCAUGAUGAAGAUCAUCUUCAUUAACUCAUUUGGUGCGAUUCUACAGGGCAGUCUGUUUGGGUUGGCUGCACUCUUCCCAGCCAGUUACACUUCUCCCAUAAUGAGUGGACAAGGCAUGGCGGGUGCAUUUGCAGCAAUAUCCAUGAUCUGUGCUCUGGCUAGUGGCUCUGCUCUGGAGGACAGCGCAUUUGGCUACUUUAUCACUGCCUGUGUCGUCGUCUUACUGGCCCUCUUGUCAUACAUAGUUCUGAACAAACUGGAGUUCUACAGAUAUUACACUAUAGAAAGAGUCUCAGUGGCUUCUCCGACUGAAGUGGAGCUAAAAAAAGACCUGCUGAAAAAUGGGGGCACAGGAGCAGAAGACACUGAUGGAGGAAAAUCUGUUAUCCACAUCCUAAAGAAGAUGUGGGUGCUGGCUCUGUCCGUCUGCUUGGUCUUUACUGUCACCAUCGGAAUUUUCCCAGCAGUCACAGCGGAAGUGAAAUCGACUAUUGCGGGAGACAGUAAGUGGGGUGUUUAUUUCAUACCUGUAUCCUGCUUCCUGCUCUUCAACCUGUUUGACUGGGCUGGGCGGAGUCUCACUGUGCUUACAAUGUGGCCUGGGCAGGACAGUAAACUGCUCCCUGUUCUGGUGGCAGCUCGAUUGGUGUUCCUGCCUCUGUUCAUGUUGUGUAACGUCUCCCCUCGUAACUAUCUACCUGUACUUCUUGCCCACGAUGCCUGGUACAUCUGCAUCAUGAUCCUGUUUGCUUUAUCCAAUGGUUACCUGGCCAGCCUGUGCAUGUGCUUCGGACCCAAGAAAGUUGGGGUGCAUGAGGCAGAGACGGCCGGAGCUAUCAUGGCUUUCUUUCUAUCCCUCGGCCUCGCCCUCGGAGCUGGACUUUCAUUCCCAUUACGCAUCCUCGUCUGAUUGAACUUGGGCCCAUUAAGCCCCUUCCCCCCCCAUCACCCACUGAAUAUGAUGAUCCCUACUGGUGCUACUUCUUUUACUUCAGUCAGAUCUGUAUCUGUGAGUAGAGUGAUCUCCAACAGAUUUAAUUACCAGUUCCUGCCUCUUGUACUUGGAGGCCCAGUGUAGGAUUGGACCGUGUCCUCCCCCCUAGAAACGCAUUGCGCUUUGGCCCCUGGAGCUGUUUGAAUAACCGUUAUUUAUGUACAGGGGACCCUAUUGUGCUCAUUGCAGUAACAUUCACCAUGCUGUGCUGAGGGGCCCUGCUUCUCCCCUAGCACAGGGGCCCCGGGUGCCAUUCUGUCUGUAUGAUGCCAAAGUUACUCCCUCACCUGUGACCUCAAGGACAGUGGUCACCAUCAUAGCUAUUCUGUGCCCAUCAGUGUGGGGUAAAAGAGCCACAUGGGGCUGCGGCCCCCUAAGGGUUUACUGACUUUUAUAUUUACUCAUUACUAUUUUUAUAUCUGAAACUGAUUUUCCAGGAUACCCCUCGCACCCUGUUAUCAUCAUCAUUAUUAUUAUUAUUAUUAUUAUUAUUAUAUGCAGUUUACAAGGUUGGGAGCCACUGAGAGAAGCUCUCACUAUUGUGAUCUUAAUAAAGGGUCAUUUUUAUUAACAAA